UCCCACUUAUAACGUAGACCGAAUCUUUGCCUAAGUUUGCUCUGCCUUCUACUCCGGGACUUCCUGCACACUGCAGAUGACAAUGGAAAUUCAGGAAGUAGAUGGGAUUCGUAAUUGUGUGAUCAAGCUGAGGGAGAAUUCUCAAAAAAGAAGGGACAAGGUUUACAUUGGCUGUGGAGCUGGGUUUGGAGGUGACAGGCCCUUUGCAGCUCUUAAAUUGCUACAGAGGGUCAAAGAACUGAACUAUAUUGUGCUUGAAUGCCUAGCAGAGCGCACCCUUGCUGAACGGUAUCAAGUUAUGGUGUCCGGUGGCGAUGGUUAUGACUCUAGGAUUUCUGAUUGGAUGCGCUUGCUCCUACCUUUGGCUGUUGAGAGAGGAACUUGCAUAAUCACCAACAUGGGUGCAAUGGAUCCGCAUGGGGCACAGGAAAAGGUUAUAGAAAUAGCAAGCAGCUUGGGGCUUAGUGUUUCUGUUGCUGUGGCUUAUGAGAUUUCUGUUGCAAACACAGGUUCAGGAUCGUCUCAUGAGAAGUCAUAUAUCAUGGAAGGAGGUAUUAGCACGUAUCUGGGAGCAGCUCCAAUUGUUGAAUGUCUGGAAAAGUAUCAACCAAACGUAAUAAUUACUUCAAGGGUUGCAGAUGCUGCCUUAUUUUUAGCACCUAUGAUCUACGAACUCGGUUGGAACUGGGAUAGUUUGGAGCAGCUAGCACAAGGGUCUUUGGCUGGCCAUCUUCUGGAGUGUGGUUGUCAACUAACAGGAGGCUACUUCAUGCACCCAGGAGACAAGUCUCGAAAUAUGUCUUUCUCUCAACUCCUGGAUUUGUCACUCCCUUAUGCUGAAAUAAGCUCUGAUGGAAAAGUAUUUGUAGCAAAGGCAGAGGGUACUGGUGGGGUUUUAAAUUUCAGUACUUGUGCUGAACAACUUCUUUAUGAGGUUGGGGAUCCCGGUGCUUAUAUCACUCCUGAUGUGAUAAUUGAUAUUCGGGAUGUUUCAUUCUACCCCUUAUCAAGUUGUAAGGUUCUCUGUGCUGGAGCAAAACCAUCUGCAGUAUCAGUGCCUGAUAAACUUCUACGGUUGGUACCGAAGGACUAUGGUUGGAAAGGAUGGGGAGAAAUAUCCUAUGGGGGAUACGAAUGUGUUAAACGUGCUAAAGCUGCUGAGUUUCUGGUUAGAUCAUGGAUGGAAGAAGUAAUUCCUGGAGUUAGCAGCCAUGUAGUUUCUUAUAUAAUUGGGCUUGAUAGCCUGAAGGCAACCAGUCUUAGUGACAAUGCUUCAUCUCGGAUGGUUAGCGAUAUUAGGCUACGCAUGGAUGGGUUAUUCAAGCUGAAGGAACACGCAGUCCAUUUUGUUAGAGAGUUUACUGCUUUAUAUACAAAUGGACCAGCUGGUGGUGGUGGUAUCAGCACCGGACACAAGAAAGAGAUCAUCCUUGAAAAAUAUCUGGUCAAGCGUGAACAUGUACUCUGGCGGACAGCAGUAAAGCACACCACAGCAUUAACAUCAAAUAUCUGUCUUCCGCAUGAGUCUGGAUUGUCAAUUACACAAGCAAAUGAAGUUAAAUCUUCUACCAAUUCGGAUAGUCCAUUUAUUGGAAGUGCAUUCUCUCCUGCUCCAUCUGGCCACAAGAUUCCACUCUAUGAUGUAGCACAUGUUCGAGCUGGAGACAAAGGAAAUGACUUGAAUUUUUCCAUGAUCCCACAUUUUCCUCCAGAUAUAGUGAGGUUAAAGUCAAUCAUAACACCCCAGUGGGUAAAGAAAGUAGUCUCAGCCCUUCUGAAUUCCUCUCCAUUCCCGGACAUGGAUGCUAUCAAUGAAAGAGACAAAUGGGUCAAUGAAAAUGUAAAGGUGGAAAUUUAUGAAGUUAAGGGAAUCCGAUCUUUAAACGUUGUGGUUCGGGACAUUCUUGAUGGCGGUGUGAACUGCUCUAGAAGGAUUGACCGGCACGGAAAGACCAUCUCAGAUCUCAUACUAUGCCAGCAAGUUCUAUUGCCUCCAUGGCUGGGUCGUUCAAAUACUCUUAUAGCAUGACUUGCUCUACUGGGGUGAGUUUUGCAGUAAAACCUUUUUUUUUUUUUUUUUUUUUUUCACACAUGUAUACCCAAUUUGCUUUUCUUUAAACAGGCAUAUAAUAUACCUUUUUUAUGGGCAAGAGCAUAUAUUGUACAUAGUCAAUCUUUUUUCUUUUUUCUUUUUCCAAUUUGUAUUCAGAGUUCAAUGUGAAAUAAUUUUAUUCUCAA